UCCUCCUCCUCCUCCUCCUCCGCAGAAGCAGCAGAAGCAGCGCACAUUCUGCCCGGAGACAUUCGCUUUUACGGACUCUUGUCAGCGGGAAGAUUGUCCGGCAUGUCGUCUGUGUUUAGGCUCGUCGCCAAACAGGUCAAGAGCCACCCAGCUCUGAUCCCACUCUUCGUCUUCAUCGGUGGCGGGGUAACCAUGAGCAUCACGUACUUGGGUCGCCUGGCUCUGAAAAACCCUGAUGUCUCAUGGGAUCGCAAGAACAACCCUGAGCCCUGGAACAAACUGCAGCACGAUCAGCAGUACAAACUUUUCACGGUUAACAUGGACUACUCCAAGCUGAAGAAGGACAGGCCUGAUUUCUAAGUCACCGCAUCUCUGCACUUCUGUCUCUGACGUCGUCGCCGGGGUGAAGAGCCUUUGCACUUUUUUGCCACAUACGAAAUAAACCCAUGACACUGAAUGAAGGUUAAAUCACACUGCCUCCUACACUCAUUCAGUCUGCUCAUUUCCAGUGUGAAGGGGGGAAGGGAUCAUUCACUUUUAUCGGUGACUGUAUGAAUAAAGCAGGCAACCACCUGUUUUACUUAUUUAUUCAUUUAUUUUUGACUCCGCUGUAAGUCAUUAAAACCAUUUCAAUCACA